AUGGUCACCUUCUACGAGGAGAAGGAGAUCACAGCUGAGCCCAGAAGCGCUUUUCCCACCAGCAACCGCGGCGGCGAUGAGGAGAACUAUUUGGGUGCGUCGUUCACUUUCUCCAAAGAGAAGGAGCUCGCCGCCGAGGCGAAAAGCGCUUUCUCCGCAAGCUGCUACGGCGACGACGACGACGACGACGACGACGAUGACAAGGGAGGGAGCGUUGAUUCGGAAGCUGAUUUGGAGGAGGGCAACGACAUCCUGCAGCUGAAGAAGCGCAUGUGGAGGGACAAAAUCCUGCUACGCAAGCUGCAGGAGAGGGAGGAGAGGGAGGAGCAGCAGGAGCAGGUGAGCUGGGCAAGGGAUGGUGGCGAUGUAGAGGGCCCGGCCCGGGAGCGGUCGCGGCGGCGGAAGAUGAUGGGCCGCGCGCAGGACGGCGUGCUCCGGUCCAUGCUCAAGAUGAUGCACGCGUGCAACGCGCGCGGCUUCGUCUACGGCGUCGUCCCCGAGACCGGCCGCCCCGUCACCGGCGCCUCCGAGAGCCUGCGCGAGUGGUGGCGCGACACCGUCGCCUUCGACCGCAACGCUCCCCCAGCGAUCGCCGCCGGCGUUGACCCGCCCGUUGACCCGCCGGCGUUGACCUCCGCCCCGCACCUGCACGGCCUCCGAGACAUACACGACAGCACGCUGGGUUCGAUCCUCUCGGCUCUGAUCCAACACUGCGAGCCCCCGCAGCGCCGGUUCCCGCUGGAGAAGGGGCUCCCCCCGCCGUGGUGGCCCACGGGGGAGGAGCCCUGGUGGGGGCUCCAGGGCGAAGCAGAAGCGCUCGGCCCCCCACCUUACAAGAAGCCCCACGACCUCAAGAAGGGGUGGAAGCUCAGCCUCUUAGCUGCUGUUAUCAAGCACAUGAGCCCCGGGUUCGACCGCAUGAGGAACCUCGUCAGGUCCUCUAAGAGGCUCCAAAACAAGAUGAGCGCGACCGAGUCCGAGGCCUGGUCAAAGGUGGUCGCCCGUGAGGAAGCGCUUCUCCUGCUCAGAAGCGCUUCCGAGAAGAGCUCGCCCGAGGAGGGCGGCCGCGGCAGCAGCAACAAGCGGAAGCGAGAGGCNGGUGGUCGCCCAGCUCGCCCGAGGAGGGCGGCCGCGGCAGCAGCAACAAGCGGAGGCGAGGUCUCAGAGGAGCUGGUCAGGGGGUUGAGUGAUGUAGGGGUGAUUGUGGACGAGGAGCAACAGGGAGCCAUUAAUGAGAUCGUGAGGUUGUAUUACGAUGCACGAGAUCAGAGCGGUAAUGGCGAAGAGGGGGGUGAUGGUGGUGGUGAUGAGAGGGAGGAGAUAAUGGAGUUGAUGAGUUGCAGGGGUUUUGGGAGAUCAGGCGAGGGAAGCGAAGUCGGCGACGUGUUCUUCCCUUUGCAUGAGAAUACGGCGUCGAUAUGGGACUUUGGUUUAGGGUGGAGCGAAGGGGGCUGA